AGAUCGAGAGAUCACUUUAGAGAGAGAAAGUUCUUUUUUUGUAGAGAGAGAAAGUAUUCUCGUAGAGAGACUGCAAGAUCCGGUCGCAAAAAGAAGCACUCAACAACACCAACAGGAAAAUUACCAGUUCCAAACCCUACUGUUUCUUCGUUUUCUGUAAGUUCUCAGCUUUACUUCUUCUUCUUUGCUCUCUUUCUGCAUGUUUCAUGCGGAUUUUCUAGUUUAUAGCUGUGGAAUUAGGCUUUGAUCGGAGGAAUUUAAUUUUAUUGGAUCUUUAGGAAUUAGGGUUUUCUUGUGUUGCCUAUUGGUCUAAAUCUUUCUGUCUUUUGGGAUAAUUGGGGAUUUUUCCUGUCUUCUUGCGACGGACGAGUGUUUUAUCCUUUUAGGACAAGCUUCAGCUGUGGUGUUUUGUCCCUAUUUUGGGAAAUAGGGUAUUUAGGGUUUUGGUCGAGUUUCAUGUAUGGCUUCGGGUCCUACAGUUGAUGAGGUAGGUGUAGGUGAUGGUGGUAGAGAGAGACAGAGGUACGUGGAGAGUAAGGUGUACACUAGGAAGGCCUUCAAAGGCCAAAAGAAGAACAAUUACAAUAACACAAAUUCAAUUGCCGAUGUAACCACCACCACCACCACCACCUCUGCUGUUGAGAACAAAGACGACAUCGAUAAUAGCCAAAAUAAGGAGACCCCUACUGAGCCAACAACUACUAUCGCCACCAAGGAAAACAACGAUGCCAAUGUCAAUAGUAACAUUAAUCAUGAUGAAAGUAACAAUUUGGCCGAGCCUCUUCCUUGUACUACGGUGACGGAGGACAAGAAUCCAACUCAGCAGCAGGUCGUUUCAAGAUUUGAUGCGGCCCGUGAUGAUUCUUCAUGCCUCAACCGUCAGCAGGUUGCAGCUGGGGAUGCAGUGCAGAGCGUGCGGGACCAACCCUCAGGAAAUGGUGUCAUGGAAGUGGCUGUGGAAAAUCAAAAUAAUAAUAAUUUGACCUCAAGGUCUAAGCAGGAGAUGCAGGAACUUCGGCAUAAGCUUGAGAGUGAGCUUGAGAUGGUGAGAAAUGUAUUGAAAAGAAUUGAGGCAAAACAGGGGGAAUUAAGUAAGGCUAGUAAUUUUUGCAGUUCGGCUAAUGAAGGGAUGGAUAAGGUUGGUGGAGAUGAGCAGAUUCAUCCUGAGGUUGUUGCCGUACGUGUGCCUUGUGAGCCUUCUAGGCCUCUGAAUAAAUCGAGUAUAUCAAUGUUAGAGAACAGUCGGGGUGUGAGUGAUUAUGUCGAGAAAGAAAAAAGAACUCCUAAAGCAAACCAGUUUUAUCGAAACUCUGAAUUCAUACUUGGAAAAGAUAAGCUACCACCAGCUGAGAGUAAUAAGAAGGCAAAAACAAACAUCAAGAAGCCGGUUGUAGGAGAAAUGGUUCACGGUUUUGGGCUGGGUUCCAAGUUUUUUAAGAGCUGCAGUGCACUUCUGGAUAAAUUGAUCAAGCACAAGUAUGGUUGGGUGUUUGAUGCUCCUGUCGAUGUGCAGGGCCUUGGUCUGCAUGACUACUACAUCAUCAUUAAGCAUCCAAUGGACCUAGGAACAGUAAAAUCUAGGCUGAACAAAAAUUGGUACAAGUCACCUAAAGAAUUUGCUGAGGAUGUGAGACUUACAUUUUGCAAUGCUAUGACCUAUAAUCCCAAAGGACAAGAUGUCUAUGUCAUGGCAGAGCAAUUGUUGACAAUAUUUGAGGAUAGGUGGGUUAUUAUAGAGACAGAGUAUAAUCGUGAGGUAAGGUUUGGACUAGACUACGGAGCUUCUCUUUCCACACCUACUUCCAGAAAGGCUCGUCUUCCACCACCACCACCCCUUGACAUGAAACGAAUAUUGGAAAGGUCAGAAUCCACCACAUAUCGUCUUGACUCCAAGAAUAAACCUUUCAGCGCUACUCCUUCAGCUAGGACACCUGCUCCAAAGAAGCCCAAGGCAAAAGAUCCUCAUAAAAGGGACAUGACUUAUGAGGAGAAGCAAAAGCUCAGCAGCAACCUUCAGAAUUUACCUUCUGAAAAACUGGAUGCCAUUUUACAAAUAAUUAAGAAGAGAAAUUCAAAUAUUUUCCAAGAUGAUGAAGAAAUUGAGGUAGAUAUUGAUAGCGUGGAUGCAGAGACACUCUGGGAGCUUGAUAGGUUUGUGACAAACUACAAGAAAAGUUUGAGCAAGAACAAGAGAAAAGCUGCGCUCGCACUUCGAGCAAGAGCAGAUAAGGAACACAAUAUUGCCCAAAAGGCCCCUGUUGUGGUGGAGGUCCCAAAGGAAACUAAAGCAGGUGAGAAUAUUGUUUCAUCUUCAGUGCCCGUUCAAGGACUGGGCAAUAGUAGGAGUAGGUCAAGUAGUUCAAGCAGUUCUAGCAGUGAUUCUGGAUCUUCAUCUAGUGAUUCCGACAGUGAAAGUUCUUCAGCAUCUGGAUCUGAUACUGGGUCUUAAAGGUCUUCAAAUAUUUUUCAGAUGUCAAAUUUUUUUGAAGUUGUGAGAGUACUUCUGUUGGAAGGAUCCUUCAGCUUUUCUGAUUAAAAUCCAAAUAGUCUUGCACGGGUUGGAAAGGAGGCUUAAAAGUCCAUUCAUGUUCAGCCAGUGGCAAACUGAGGUUUGAUAUUGUAUUGGAUAGAAGGUUUCACUGCAUAUCCCCUCCUUUGUAGCCAUUUAUUCUGGCUCAAAAUUGUAUAAUAUUGUAGUAAUCUGAUCGAUUAGCCCCUCUUGCGUGGCGCCUGUACAUUGCUGAUCAAUUUCUACCAUAUCUAUUAUUUUUUACCACAGAUUCACCCUCCGGAUAAUCCCCUCCCCCCUCUAUUAUAUUAGAUUUUGUAAACUAAGUGUCAGUAACUGGCAACAGGUGUGGAUUUCAAUGAUGUAUACUGGAGGGUUUGGGUUUGGUAAGAAGCUCAAACGAUUCCUUGAGCUUGUAUCUCUGCCUUCUAUGGGUUCCAUAUGGAAUGUUAGGAUUGUGAGUCACUUCCUCGUGUUUGCAAGCGCUGCUUGUUCUUUUUAGUUGUAAAGGAUCAAGAGAAAAAUAUGAUUUUGAUUGGUUUCUGUAAGGUUAAUCGAGUUUCCCUGUUGUCUA